AUGGAGUAUGAUGACGCGAUCUCUGAAGAUAAUGAGAAUACGUUAAAAGGGUUAGACGACCGCGCGUCUUUCUUUCUAUCCCAGUCGCGUACUCGCCAGUCAAAACGUCAAUCUGACGGAAAACAUAGUCUUGUUUCCAAAUCAGAUACGUUAAAAGGUACCUCUGGUGUCAUAGAAAUUGAUUCUAAGUACUUCUCUUCGAACGCUCAAAUAGAAGUCUUCGAAAACAAUAAAAAGAAUCCCGAUGUUCUUGCAAACGAACUGGAACGUGCCUCAAAGAUGUUGGUUUCAGCACAACAAAUUGAGAAUAAUUCUAUUGAUUCUAGUCAACAAAUUGAUAAAAAUUUUCAGAAAGAAAGAGAGUACAAUUAUGAGGACGAAAAUGAGAACAGCUCUUUCGGACAGAGUGAAUUUAGUGAUCCGCAGCAGUAUAUUCUCUUUCUUAAAGAAAAAUACGAAAAAAAAAUGCAAGAAAUGGCAACACGUAUUGAAGAGUUGGAAACGGAAAAAGACUUAGCUGAAGAAGAAAAAAUGGCCAUCGAGGAAGAUAAAUUUACCACAGAAGCCAAAGUGGAACAACUCGAACGUCAAGUUGCUGAUUUGAUGCGUCAGCUCGAAGAGCAUCACAAAGAAACCCAAUUUAAAUUGCAUGCUUCUAACGAAAAAAUUGCUGAAUUAAAAGAAAAGACGAAAGAGCUCAGAGAAGAGAAUUUAAUAUUGCAACAAGAACGCGAUAUUUUUGAUGAAGAAAAAAAAGAAUUAACGAAUCAAUUGGAAGAAUUAAGUAAUAAAAUUAAUGAUCUAGAGGGGAAAAAUAUCAAAUUAAGGCAUACUGUAGAACAUUUGGAAUCAAGAAAUACGAAAUUAGAAGCUGAGAUGCUAGAGGCUAACGACAGAGCUACCAAAAAAAUAUCUAGCUUAAUGGAUGAAGUAGGUCAACUUGGAGAACAAUUGGCUAUGGCACGGGGUCAGGGAGAAGAAUGGAUUGAAGAGUAUCAAAGAGAACAAAAAAGAAUUGAGUCGCGAUUGCGAGACCUAGGUGAGCAACUUCGUAAUGCAGAGAGACAACAAUUAUUCUUGGAAAACCAAAGAAAUUCUCGCUCGUCUCGUAGAGAUGAAUUAACACUUGAAAUAGAAAAAUUAUCCGCUUCAGUUGAGGAUUUAUCUCGUAAUUUGGAAAGAAAGAAUAAGGAGUUAAUCUCCUUGAACAGUCGAUAUAAAACGAAAAAGGACGAGCUCGCGCAACAGCACAAUAAAAUACACGAGGACAUUAAACAAAUUGAAGACAUUAAUGAAAAACUUCGCGAUGAUUUGGAAGUAAUUACGAAAGAAAGGGAUCAGUUAGAAAAUCAAAUGGAAACCACAGAAACACAAGCAAAUGACCUUAUAAAGAAAGUAGAAGAAUUAGAGGAACACAAGUCUAAUUUAACAGCACAAAUUGAACACUUAGGAGCAGAAAUAGCGAAUAUAGAAGAUUACCGAUCUUAUUUGCAGAAUCCAAGUAGCUUGAAUAAUGAAUUAAGCGAUACUCGUCUCUUGAGAGAAGAGAUUUCCAGACUUCGAGAUGAGAAUAAAAAACUCAGUAAUGAUAAAAAACGUCUUGACGAUGAAAAAUCCAGAUUGGAGAUUCAUUUGACUGAAAUGGCAGAUAUGGCACAGAAAUCAUCCGAUCAAUCAACAGAGAAUGCUCAGCGCAACCAAGAUGUAACGAUGCUGGAAACCGUAAAGGAGAUGGAAGAGAGAAUGACUGAAUUCGAAAACGAAAUCGUUGGAUUGCGAGCCGAGCGUGCAUCUCUUGUAGCUCAAUUGGCUGCUCAAGAAAAUCAAAUUUCCCUUUUACAUAAUUUACGCAUGGCAUUAGACCACGCGAAAAAACAGCUUUUAUCUCGAGAAAAUGAAAUCCAGGAACUUAAAUCAAGAAUUGAAUUGAAUGAAUUAAAUAUGAAAUCAAAGACGCUCCAUGAACGUUUAUUGGAUGAGUUGAAUGCAAAACUUGAUGAGGCACAUGUUGAAAUCGGCAAAUUACGUUAUCAGCUCACAGAGGCUGCCCAAAGGGCACAAGAUGAUAUUAGAGAUGCUAAAAUAACAGAACUCGAAUUUCAAAAAUCUGAAUUGGAGAAAAUAUUACGAAUUAGGGAAGAAUUAUUAAUGAAGGAGCAAAAUAAAUCAAGAUCUCGAUACUUCUCUAAUGAAAAUACACGUGGUGAAAUUAUCGAAGGUAUAAGCGGGCUCUUGUCUAAUACAUCUAAUUCAGUUGAUAAGCUUACAAAUUUAUCAUUUUCUCAUGAAAUUACGUGGUUGAGUGCCGCAGAAAUCUCUUUUCAUGGAUCGACGCCUGCUCGAAAUAAUGUAAAGAUUAAAUCUUUGCAACCUGACUUUCAAUCACUGAAAGCCCAAGUUGACGAUUUAAAUCAACGUCUAGAGACUAAAAAUAUAGACUUGGAAAAAGCUAUUUCGGCUGGCCGUGGUCUCACUCUUACCCUAGAAGAAGCACAAAAAAAAAUGCGUGAAAUGGAAGACUUGAUGCAAGAUUCGGAAAAAUCGAUGGUCAUUCUCCAACAAGAACUGAUCCGAAAACAAAAAUACAAUGAAGAAUUGGAGCAGCAGUUAAAAGAGUUAAAAUGUCUCCAGCAAGGUGGAGUAAUAGAAAUGGAAGGCAUUGACGUGCAAUCUAAUAAUAUUGUUUCCAUCCAUCAUAAUACAAAGUCGAAUCAAAGCAUGACGAUUGAAAAGGAACUUGAAACAACUCUGCAAAAGAAUAUGCAAACAGUAGAAUAUUUGGGCCAUUUGGUAAAAGUUGUCUCUCAGCAAAACAAUUUUUUGAGGGCAAGUAAUAAUAAGGUCGAUACAACUACAUCACCAAUCAGAGGGUCCGAUUCUAUGAAAAAUGUACAAACUUUACUUGAAGGACUAUCACAACAAGCUUCUCAAAUGCAGAAAAUGAUGGAGGACAAUGGAAAUAUUCUGAAAAGAUUGGCUUCUACUGCCCUUUCAGAUUCAUCUACAAAAAAACAAAAACGCCAGAGUACUAGAUUAAGUAGUAUUUCCCGAAAUGCUCCCAACUUGAAACAAAUUGACGAUACAAUUGAAAUUAAGCGAGAGGAUUUACAAGCUAUUGUACAAGCUGGGAAUGAUUUGUUUAAACACCCCGCGCAAUUUAUGUCUCGAAUUGACAAUUUUGCAUCAACUGUCUUGGAUAAUGAAGUACGUUCAAUCGAAUCUCGAGAUUUAUAUCAACUCAUCGGGGAACUUGCUCCAAACUUAGAAACUACCGCUAAAAAGAUAGAAACAUUGACUGGAUCGCUACAAAAGGUCUUGAGGGAGUUCAAAAGAAAUAGUGAAAGUGUAAAAGAAAACGUGGCUGCACAUCAAUCUGAAAAGUUCAACAUUUUAAUUACCAGUGUACACGAAUUAACAGCUAAUAAUAUGCAUUUGGCCAUGCAAAUGAAACAACUUGCUUCCGCGCUGAUUCCCAGUCAAAGGACAGAUGAAAAUUCAUUUAUAAAAAUUCCUUCUCUCGUUUCUAAUUUAUUGACCGAUGAACCAAACGACCAAAAUGAAGUUGAAAAAUUAAGAAAAUUGGUUGCCACACAAAGCCAAUUAAUCAGUGAUUAUGAGGCGACUAUUGAAUUAUUCAAAAGGAGUGAGCAGGAUGCGCAGUCAUUACGUGCUGCACUAAGUGCUAUAACGGAUAUUGAUCUAAAGGGUGCCGAAAACAAUAAUAAUCAACUCCAAUCUCAAAUACAGGAAUUUCGCAAUCUCUGGUUACAGGAAUCGGAUGCUAAUAAAUCUUUGAAGUUAGUCAUGAAAGAAAUGAAAGCCUCCGCAAAUAAAGAAGAAACGAAAUUACGAAAAGAAAUAGAAUUAUUAACUUCUCAAAUAGCAAAUUUAUCAGAGAAAUUACAAACAUUUAAACUCCGAGCAGAGAAAUUCGAACAAAAAUUCCGAGAAAAAGAAGAAGCUUUAAAAAAUCAUACUGAGAUUGAAAAAAAAUUACGCCAGGAACGAGAUGCCAUGAUAAAUGGACAUGCACGAGAACUUGAAACAUUGAAACAUCAUUGGGACAAAGAGCGUGCGAUGCUUACCGAAUCUACAACAAAAACCAAGACUCAACAAUUAGCAACAAUUGAGGGGAACCAUAAGGAACUAGAAAAUACGUGGAAACAGGAGAAAGAAACAUUGACGAAAAAAUUGCGAGCACAAAAGGAAUCAUUUGAGCGGGAGAAUAAGUCUCUUCAAAAGGAAAUUGAAAAAUUAAAUUCUAAGCUUAAAGAUUUUGAAAUUGAAAUUCAGUCCAUCACCGCCAACAAAAGACAGUUAACUUUGGAAAAAGCUUCUUUAAUUAAAGAAAAAUCAGAAUUGCAGCAGCAAUUGGAUAACUUUUAUAAAGAAUCCGAGCGUUAUCGAAAGAAAAAUUCUUCGGUCGCGGAAUUGGAAAAUCGUAUGCGACGUCUACAGAAAGAAAAAGACGUGAACGCAGAACGAGCAACUCAAAAAAUCGCUGACCUUCAAAAAGAAUUACAAGACACUGUAGAUAAGGUCUCCAAGUUAACAAAAGAAAAGAGCGCGCUUACAAAAGAUAAAUCAGAAUUGAAUCGAAAAUAUAUGAUUGCCGAUGAGAUGAAGGAUUCACUAGAAGCUGAAGUACGUGCUAACAAAGAACACAUGAAAGCGCUUGAAGUAGAAAUUCAGAAUUUGACUGAUCAAUUACAAUCUGAAAGACGUGAUCAUCAAUCUAAAAACGAGCAAUUAUCCCGAUAUGAAGAUGAAUUGCAGGCUCAAGAACGACUCCGGGAAGAAGUCGAACAGUUGCAAGAUACUCUUUCACAUGAAAGAAAUCAACAUCAGAUUCAAAUAUCGAAAUUUGAAUCGUUGUUAAAUCAACGCAGAUCAACUUCAGAUUCUUCAGAAGAAGUAAAGAAACUCAAUUGUGAAUUGUCUGCUGCAAAUUCUAGGAUUAAAGAAAUUCAAGAAUCUGCGCACACUGCUAUCAAUUCGCUCGAAGAAGAAAUUAAAAUUACAAAACAACAACUUGUCUUGAUACAAAGGGGACAGACUAAUAAUCAUUUACGGGCACAAGAUUCAGCUAUUGCACUUAUAGAUAAAUCUGAAAUUCAGAAAUUCCAAUUGGAAUUAAAUAAAGAACGUAAACGCCACGCCGAGGAACGUAGUCUGUUAAUAAAAGAGGUUCGUUAUCAAAAAGCGAAAUGGGUUCGCGAAUCCGGUUUUCGAGCCGAUUUAAGUUACCAAAAAAAGUUCAUACUGCUUUUGCUUGGUGGCUUAGAAUCAUGUGCUGUAACUGCCAUAAUAGCGAUUCAACGAAUGAGAAUUCUAAAAAAUUCAUGGAAUCAAACUCGAGAUUUAAAACGUCUUACACAACAGUAA